ACAUGGUGGACCUGGCCGAGGGCUUCGACCGCCUGUGUCUGUACACUGACGACCCGCAGCAGCUGCUGCAGCAGCUGCAGGGGCCCAACACCAGCACUGUCACUGUUAUAUCGCAGCAGCAGCAGCAGCAGCAGCAGCAGCAACAGCAGCAGCAGCAGCAGCGCACAGUGGACUGUCUGCCGCUGCUCUACACUCCUCUCAGACGCUUCUGA